AUGCUGGAGUGCAGGCAUGCUGUGAGGCGGCGCCGCACACUCGUGGCGGUGCUGCUCGCUGUUCACAUCGGCGCCGCCGUGUUUUUGAUGCACACCAGCACGGAUGACGCCGUCCCACAGCCCGUCCUUCAGGGAGAGGGUCAAGAAGGACUGGUUGGUGGAACGGGCCGCGGCAUGCAGCUUCUGGAGGGCCGCCGCCGUUCGUCAGACCCAUUAGUCACGGGGGACGGCUUCCGAUCGGCAUGCCACCUCGUGUUCGAUGAUACGUUAAGUUUGCGCGCGCAAAAAGAAUUCUUGGCUGAGAUCUUGCGGGCUGUGCGUGAGAAGCAAGACGCUCCGUCACCGCCGUCGGCAGUGGUGGUGUCCGUCUUUGUGCAGACGCACUUUAUGGAUAAGUUCAUCGAGUGCUGUCUUCGGCGUGUCCCACGUGCUGACUCGGAGUGGCAGCUGCUUCUGGUGUCACACAACAGCGACGUGUCUGCCCCAUUCAACAAGCGGAACCUGUACAACAAGAAGGACGACCAUUCUUACACGUAUCAGCUGGAGUGGGUCCUUGACAACCCGCGGGUGCGGGCGUGGUACUCCACCAACACCGCCGUCGAGCACCCAAAACUGUGGCCCAUCCCUAUUGGCAUUGAGAACUUCUACAACGCGUAUGGGAGACACGUGGAUGUAUACCGUGAAGCGUUGCAGCGCGUGCAACAGGACAAGAAUCAAAAGCUGACAGAAGGCAAAAAACUGUUAUUUGUCGCGUUUGGUCUGUCAAGUUAUUACAAAUAUCGUGUGGAGGUUUUGCGCCAUGUGAAGAAGGCAUUCGCGGCGGACGCAUCUAACGUCACAUUUGUUCAUCGACCAAGUAAACAGAAAGUAGUCACGGCGUCGGAUGUCCGUGACUACAUGAACACGUUGCGGGAACAUCGCUUUGUCUUGGCGCCGCGUGGGAACGGCAUGGACACACACCGUCUGUGGGAGGCACUCUACAUGGGGAGUGUGCCGAUUGUGCAGCGUUCCACAAUGGACACGCGUCUUCUCUCAAACCUCCCUGUAUUGCUUGUGGAUAGCUUCGCCGAUGUGACCCCUUCGCUUCUGAUGUCGCCGCAGGCAUUGGCACUGACGGCGUCGGAGCAUUUUACUGGUGUUGCAAGCCGCCUCCUCAGCAUGGGGUACUGGCGGCGCGUCAUCACAGCGGGCGGUAAAAUGCAGUAA